GUCACUCUGACACACGCAGCGGGACUGAGUGGAGCUGUGUCCGGAGAGGACUGAUGUGAGACGAUGGGACGUCACGUGUUUCUGAACAAACUGUGUUAACUGAACGAAACUGAAGCGUCUGUUGCAGCUGGAGCAGCAAGAAUCAACCAAUCAGACGCUCCGAAGGUCACUGAAGGUCAGAGGUCACCAUGCAGACUAUAAAGUGUGUGGUUGUGGGUGAUGGUGCUGUGGGGAAGACCUGCCUCCUCAUCUCUUACACCACUGGAGCAUUUCCCAAAGAGUACAUCCCAACUGUGUUUGACAACUACAGCAGCCAGGUGACGUUGGACGGCAGGACCAUCAGUCUGAACCUGUGGGACACGGCAGGUCAGGAGGAGUACGACCGGCUGAGGACGCUGUCUUACCCGCAGACCAACGUCUUCAUCGUCUGCUUCUCCAUCUCCAGCCCGGCGUCGUACGAGAACAUCAAACACAAGUGGCACCCAGAGGUGUCUCACCAUUGUCCCGGCGUGCCCAUCCUCCUGGUGGGCACAAAGAGCGACCUCCGAAACGACGCAGACACUCAGAAGAAGCUGAAGGAGCAGAACCAGUCGCCCAUCACCAACCAGCAGGGCACCGCCCUCGCCCGCCAGAUCCAAGCCAUCCGCUACCUGGAGUGUUCGGCCCUCAACCAGGACGGUAUAAAGGACGUGUUCGCCGAGGCAGUGAGGGCCUUCCUCAACCCGCAGCCCACCGUCACCAAGAGGCCCUGCGUCCUGCUGUAGGGCCUCCACCCGACAUGACCCCACAUGACCCAGAGGGACGACGGGAGACGACGGGUUAGAUACGAUUUUGUGCAGAAACUGAGACUGAAAAUUGAAAAUGUCUUAUGUUUGUAAAAGUACCUGAAUUUAAUUAAGACGACAAAGUGAAAGUGUUUGAAAUGUGAGCAGCUUCGCAGGAUGUUGUGUUCAGGUGCAGAAAGAAACGGGAACAGAAACAGACCAUGUGACUCGAACACUACCGUGCUUCAGGUGUGUUUGGCUGAGUACAAGUACGAAAAGAUAUUUGGGGGUUUGUGGUUUUCAUCUUCAUCUUCGCUGAUAACAAAUUAAAUGAAAAGUUAAAAACA